CUUCGCGGUCGCACGUGCAUGCGAUACUUCGUAACAGUCCGACUGCCAGAGGGCCCCAGCUUCAUUGCGCUCGUCCGUCUUCUCAACUGGCCCAGGGGAAAGGGCGCCUCGCAGAAACGGUUUUGGACAUUUUAAGUGACGCAGCGCUUCCGCUUCCGCCCGGUGCGGGGGAAGACCAUAGGGAAGAGGGCACCUGAUGACCUGAGGGCACCCGCCAAGUUGGGGUUCGUGCAGUGAGCUUGGCACCCGAUGUUCUUCCUGCUCUCUGUGACCUCUGUAUUAAUAUCCAACACUGGAUGCUGUUGGCUUAUCAAAGAAUUGCAAAACAGCUGCGCUGUUGCGAGUUCUGGAACGAUAAACACAACGCAACACUGUCCUGACUUUCACCAGUGUUUUGAAGACUCCUUCUUGUAAUUGUACCAAAAAGCAGCAAAGAAAGCAUGGCAGAGUCUGAGCGAGCGCCUCGGGGCAGGACUUGAGUUUUAAGACCUGCUGUGCUGUGCUAGCAGAGGGCAACGAUGACGGGCGCUAACGAGGACAAGGGGAAAGUGGCAAAAUUGCAAACCUUGUUGAGGACCACAAGCUCCAGGUUAUCGGGGCGUCUUGGCCUGCCCACCCGCAAGCAAAGCGAGGACGGGCCGGACCUGCCUAUCGCUCGUGUGUCGGAGGAGGGCAUGCCGGGUCGCGGCGACGGUGCGGCUGAGGACGCGGUGGCAGCAGGGCCAGGCGUGACAGGGCUAGGCGGAGCCGCGGGAGGCGGAGCAGCAGGGGCGGCAGGCGGCACGGCGGGAGGCGCCUUCGACGGGAAUGGCUCGCUGGGUGCCGGCGGCCUCACGAGGGAGCAGCUGGCAGCCGCUGUGGCGGCGGCGGCGGCGGGCGGCGGCGGCGGCGGGGGUCUGAUGCACCAAGCGCCCAUCCCUGAGCACAGAGUGCGCAAGUUCCACAAGCUACUGCAGGAGCCCGUGGUGGACCUUGACGCGCUACGGGAGCUGUCCUGGAGCGGCGUGCCCCUUACGCUGCGACCGCAGGUCUGGCGCUUACUCAGUGGAUACCUGCCGCCGGCAAAGAGCCGGCAGGCGCACACACUGGCCCGGCGGCGGCGCGAGUAUGCGGACAUGGUGCCCGAGUACUACGACAUCCCGCACGAGGAGCGCAGCGAGGAUGAGGUCGCAGCCUACAGACAGGUGGCGGUGGAUGUGCCGCGCACCGCCCCCAACGUGCCCUUCUUCCACGAGCCCAUCAUCCAGGAGUCCUUGCAGCGACUGCUGUACAUCUGGGGAAUACGUCACCCCGCCAGCGGCUACGUGCAGGGCAUGAACGACCUGGUGACGCCCUUCCUGGCCGUGUUCCUGGCCGAGCACCUGCCCGGGCCCAUGGAGGGCUGGGGCGCGGCGGCGCUGAACGAGUCUGUGAUGCUGGAGGUGGAGGCGGACUGCUACUGGUGCCUGUGCAAGCUGAUUGAGGGCAUCCAGGACCACUACACGUACGCCCAGCCCGGCAUACAGAGGGCCGUGUUCAGGAUAAAGGAGCUGGUCAGGCGCUGCGAGGCUGAGGUGUCGGACCACCUGGACUCGGAGAACGUGGACUUUAUCCAGUUCGCACUGCGCUGGGUCAACUGCCUGCUGGUCCGCGAGCUGCCGUUCUGCCUGGCGCUGCGGCUGUGGGACACCUACCUGGCUGAGGGCACCGGCUUCAGCGAGUUCCUGAUUUACCUGUCCGCCGCCUUCCUGCUGUCCUGGCGCGACCGCCUGACGCGGCUGGAGUUCCAGGACCUCAUCUUGUUCCUGCAGCGCCUGCCCACUGCCGACUGGAGCGAGCCGCAGCUGGAGCGCGUGCUCAGCGAGGCCUUCAUCCUGCGCAGCAGCUACGGAGAUGCGCAGAGCCACCUGCGGCAGGGGUGAUGCUGGCGGGUGGAUGGUGAGUGGAUGUUGGGGGAGGUGGGGUUUGCCAGGAUGGUUGGAAAAGCGGUACAAAAUGCACUGAAGACUGCAGGCGAAGUCGUUAUCAAAUGAGCGGCCGUCCGGGCGGCUGCGUACUGGGGGCUGGGCUGGGCUGGGGGAAGAUGGCAGAAGAUGGGAGGUGUGCGAGGGCGAUGUGCGGGACUAAUGCAGUUGGGAAUGGGGGCUGGGGGAAGAGUUCGAGAGGCGGGUGGAAGAGGCAGCGAGAGAUGGAGGAAGAUUGGUAGGACGGCUGGCCAGUUACUUACAGCCGGCGAUGGAUUUGGAUCGUCCGGCAUGUGGCAUUGGUGCCCCAGCACGCUAUUAGAUGACUUGCAGGCGUGCAGAUGCCAGGUAGUAAACGAGACCAGAACUUGGUGACUACGCUCAUUAUUGUGUAAGCCUGAAGCACAGAACCACCCUAGCACACUUCCAAUCCUGUAACAACAACAUCGC